AUGAAAUUUGUAAAAUUGUACCUUUUCAAAAAAGAAUGGAUAAAAUAAAUAUUCAUAGUUAUUUGAUGGUAAAAGACAAGUAUCAUGAGGAUACAUACUAUUGGUGUUGUGAAAAAAAAAAGUCACUUGAAUGUAAAGGUCGAGCUAUAACAAAAUUUAUAAAUAAGUUAUAUUACCUUAAACAAUUUACAGCCUAUAAUCACUCUCCACAAGCGAGUAGUGCCAAAAAUCUUGAUGACAUUGACAUAUCUGAUUUGCUUUGUUUAAUAUUAAAUAAAGAGAAUUUUUUAGUAAGAGAUUCUAUAAUUGGAGAGGAUAGAAUUAUCUUGUUUACUACAAAAGCCAAUAUACAACACUUAUCUAGAGCGUUAUAUUGGAUAAUAGAUAAUAACUUAAGAGUUCUUCUGUUAGUAUAUGCUUUAAUGAUAAAAAAAUCUGAAGAAUUAUAUAGAGCGUUAUUUCAAGAUUUAAUUGAAUUCGCAGAAAAGAGUAAUAUUUUAUUAAGACCUACAACGAUUUUUACAGAUUUUGAACUUGCUGCAAUUAAUGCAUCUUAUGACGAGUUUCCUGAGUAUGGGCUAUCAACUCAGUAUAGUACUGAUGAGAAAUUGAGUAUCAAUCUACGUCAGCUAUUUGCAUUAGCAUUCUUACCGUCAAAAGAAAUUCCUACGGCAUUUGAUAUUUUAAAAGAAAAAAUGCUUCCAGAAACAAAUGAAAUAGUACAAUGCGAAAAACAAAUACAAAAAAGUCCAAAACACCAAACCCAGCGAAGAACAAAUACAAGAAAGGAUAGAAUGUCCAAAACACCAAACCUAGCAAAGAACAAAUACAAGAAAGGGGAGAAUGUCCAAAGUACCAAACCUGGCAAAGAACAAACACAAGAAAGUCCAAAACACCAAACCCGGCGAAGAACAAGCACAAGAAAGUCCAAAACACCAAAUCCGAUGAAGAACAAACACAAGAAAGUCCAAAGCACCAAACCUGGUGAAGAACAAACAAACACAAGUAGAGAGAGAAAGUCCAAAUCACCAUUCCUAUGA